CACCCUCUUUCCAGUUCUCUGAGCGGCUUCUCGUCCUCAUCCUCGUCCUCUUUGUCGUGUCCUUCUCCUCCUAGAAUGGAAGAUUACGGGCAGCGGCUGCUCUUCGUGGAGGAGACAUCAUUGUACAAUCGUGCAGUGCUGGGAGCUUUCUUGCCGAGUAAUGUGUGGGAACCAGUCCCUCACUUCUUCCAGACGUGGCUCCGGAACUACAUUGGAGUAAUCCUCAUGUACUUCGUAUCUGGUUUCCUCUGGUGUUUCUGCAUUUAUUACUUGAUCAAAGUUUAUCUUCCUAAAGAUGCCAUGCCUUCAACAAAAGCCAUGCUCUUGCAGAUAUAUGUUUCAAUGAAGGCUAUGCCAUGGUAUGCUGCUCUUCUUACAGUUUCCGAGUACAUGGUUGAAAAUGGAUGGACACGGUGUUUUCCAACAAUAAGCGAUGUCAGUUGCCUCGCCUAUGUUGUUUACUUAACGAUUUAUCUUGUAAUUGUGGAAUUCGGGAUUUACUGGAUUCACAGGAAAUUGCAUGACAUAAAACUUCUCUAUAAGUAUUGUCACGCAACACAUCACAUCUACAACAAGCAAAAUACUCUCUCCCCAUUUGCUGGUUUGGCAUUCCAUCCCUUGGAUGGGAUAUUGCAGGCAUUACCACAUGUUAUGGCACUCUUCCUUGUGCCAACGCAUUUGAAAAUGCAUAUAUUACUCUUAUUCGCGGAAGGCGUAUGGACAACCAACAUUCACGAUUGCAUCCACGCUAAACUCUGGCCUGUCAUGGGUGCUGGCUACCACACCAUCCAUCACAUCACAUGCCGCCAUAACUAUGGCCACUUCACAAUAUGGAUGGACUGGAUGUUUGGAACUCUUCAGCAUCCUACACAUGAUCAACCCAAGAAUAUGUGAUUUGUGUAUACCUACAGUAUUUACCAAGGAAAAUGUUAAGUAUCAUGAAAAAUGCUUCAUGAAAAUGAUCAUAAACAAAUCUCUGUCCUUGUAUUACAGUUUGUAACUUGUUAUAUAUCUAAUCUAAGGGUCAAAAAUAUUUCAUGAUUAUUUUCAUGAAAUAUUUUUCAUAAUACCUUUAAGCUUGUAAACUGUGUAUUAUGUAUUAUGUCCUUAAGUAGAAAAGAAAAUAAGAGAAUUUUCGGGUUGGCAGAC